UUUCCCUCGCACCCUCCCUUCCCUCGGUUUCCAAUUCCACCUCCGCGCGUAUCGCGGCCGACCUUCCUGAACUGCUUGCUAUUAAAAAGCCGCAUCGCCAUUUGCAGAAUCCCCCCGUGCUCUCUCUCGGACGCACGGGCUGACCAAGCAAACCCGUCAAUAGUCGCCAACAAGAAACUAACCAACGCCAACCAUCUCUCCACCGCCGCGCGCCGCGGCGGCAGGUGCCCAAUUUACCUCACCUGUCUGUCUGCCGCCAAGAUCCAGGAGCUAGCACGGUCAGGAGAGCCUCGCCGGCGGCUGCUAAGUAGGUGCCAUGGUGGCGAGCGUCGCUGCCGCUUGCGCGGCGACGACGGCGGCGGCGGGGCGGCGGGGGUGCAGGAGGGAGCCGGCGAGGAUGCACGCUGGCAUCCGGCGGUCGCACUCCGAGCCGCACCUCCGCUGCUCCCGCCGCGGCGGGGCCACCGGCGCCGCGCUCACCACCAGCCGGUCCAUCGGCGUGUUCCCGUUCCAGUUCGGCGCCGCGCCGCUUCGUCCGCCGCCGCUCCCCGAUGGCGGUGGCGAUGGGUCCCGCCUCCUCACCGUAGCAGAUGAGCCGUCCCCCGAGCCUGAACCCGAGCCGGAAAUGCCCUCCGUCCGGAGGCCCGAGGCGCACUGGCUCGACCGGCUCCUCGAGCUCCGGUCCCGCUUCCACGACCCGACCAAGCGCGACGUCCUCGAGGACGACGACGACGACGACGACGUCUACCAUCUCGACGACGAGGACGGCGGCUGCGGCGUGAGCUACGAGGAGGAGGAGGCGGCGGCGGAGGAUGCCAGGUGGGACCGGGAGUCCUUCGGCAAGCUGCUGGCGCGGGCCCCGCUCGGCGAGGCGCGUCUGUUCGCGCAGCUGGCCUUCCUCUGCAACAUGGCUUACGUCAUCCCCGAGAUCAAGGUUGAGGAGCUGAAGAAGCACUACGGAUUGCGAUUCGUGACGUCGUCGCUGGAGAAGAAGGCCGAGGCCGGCGCCGUGAGCGCCAAGCUGGACGUGGACUCUACCCGGCCGCGCACCGCGCCGGCGUACGAGGUGGCCUCCGGGCCGCAGCCGCGUCGGCCGAUCCGGUCGCACCUGGCCUACGAGGUGGCCGCGUCGGCCGCGUCCUAUGUCCGCGCGCGCGCGCGAGGCCUGCUCUCGUUCGGCGCCGGCGGGCAGCAGCGCAGGCUGUACAACUCCGGGGUGGCCGCGUACAUGGCCGCGUCGACAGUGACCGCCGUGGUGGCCGCGGAGGACGAAGCGCGGCAGGAGGCCGCGCGCGACCUGCGGUCGCCGCUGUUGUCGCCGUGCGAGUGGUUCGUGUGCGACGAGGCGGACGCGCGCACCCGGUGCUUCGUGAUCCAGGGCUCCGACUCGCUGGCGUCGUGGCAGGCCAACCUCUUGUUCGAGCCCACCGAGUUCGAGGGAACGGGCGUGCUGGUGCACCGCGGCAUCUACGAGGCGGCGAAGGGCAUCUACGAGCAGGUGAUGCCGGAGAUCGAGGCGCACGUGGCGGCGCACGGCGCCGGGGAGUCGCGGCUGCGAUUCACGGGCCACUCGCUCGGCGGCAGCCUCGCGGUGCUGGUCAGCUUGAUGCUGCUGGCGCGCGGGGUGGUGAAGCCGGGUGCGCUGCACCCCGUGGUCACGUUCGGCGCGCCCGCCGUGUUCUGCGGCGGGCACCGCGUGCUGGAGGCGCUCGGCGUCGGUGAGGGACACGUCCGGUCUGUGGCCAUGCACCGCGACAUCGUGCCGAGGGCCUUCUCGUGCCGCUACCCGGGCCACGCCAUCGCGCUGCUCAAGCGCCUCAACGGCGUGCUCCGCACCCACCCGUGCCUCAACAACCAGAAGGUGCUGUACAAGCCGAUUGGCGCGACGUACAUCCUGCAGCCGGACAGCAGCGCGUCGCCGCGGCACCCGUUCCUGCCGGAGGGCGCGGCGCUGUUCCGGCUGGACCCGGACGACGGCGGCCGCGACGCGGACCGCCCGCCGAGGGCCCUGGUGGCCAGCGCGCUGCGCGCGUUCCUCAAUUCGCCGCACCCGCUCGAGACGCUGAGCGACCUCUCGGCCUACGGCACCGGGGGCACCAUCCUCCGGGACCACGAGUCCAGCAACUACUUCAGGGCGCUCAGCGCGCUCGCCAGGGCGCCGCCGCGGCGCCGGAAGCACCCGGAGAUCGUCUGGCAGCUGCCCGGCGUCGAACGGCUGCAGCAGUACUGGUGGCCCGGGAUCGCGGGCACCGUCAUGCCGGAGCCGGUGGCCGUCAGGAACAAGGAGUUGGUCUCCGAGGCAUAGAGAUUCUAAGCCGGUUUGCAGCUUUGCACUGCUUUGCUCGGUUGAGCAGUGUACGUUCUUUGGUUUCUUCUGUACAAGGUACAUAGAAAGGUACAGUUUCUUCUUUGUUGUAGGUUCGUGUGUAAAUUGUAAGCAUGGUAUAGGAGCAUCUGGUUGGGUAUCCUGGUGGCCGGCAAAGAUCCGCAGGCUGCUUAGUAAAAGACAUUUUUUUUGUCAUGGAUUUAUGUGGUGGAAUGAACUCCGUUUGUAAAUUUCUUGUUGCAAUGGAAAUGAAACUUUGGAAUAGAACUUUGAGCAAGAGCAUUAUGGAUU